AUGUACUCUGACGAAGAUCUUGAUCAGCUUUUCAGCCAACUUUCUAUCAACAAAUCUUCUAGGACAGUUAGUCUUAAAGAAUCUCGUGAGUACGACAACGUUAAAGUAACCACUAAAGUCAAAAUACAAUCCACAGUAUCACAAAAAAUACCUAAUAGUCGCACAGAAACACGAAAUUAUGAAACUCCAGAGAAGAAAUGUUCAGCGAAAAGCUCAAAUUAUGAUGAUAUCCCAAGAAAAGCAGAUGGGAUCCCAGACUAUAGGUAUAAAGCUGCAAGGGAUCUUCCAAGAAAAUAUGAUGGGACUCCAGAUAUGCGCUAUGGUUGCAAUAAACCCAAGAAGAUUCAGGAAUACUAUUCUUUUGAUAGUGAUUAA